UGACGUUCGAGCCCGCGCUCGGUUAAGGAAGAAGUUGGGGUCCCGCUGUAGGAAGUCGGGGCACAGUCGGACAGAGCUGGGCGGGGCGGCAGGUAAUAAUUCAAGAUGCCUGGGCGUUCCAGUUCAAAUUCAGGUUCAACUGGUUUUAUAUCCUUCAGUGGUGUAGAAUCUGCUCUCUCCUCCUUAAAAAACUUCCAGAACUGUAUCAGCACUGGAAUGGACACAGCUUCUAGUGUUGCUUUGGAUCUUGUGGAAACUCAGACUGAAGUGAGUAGUGAGUACAGUAUGGAUAAGGCGAUGGUUGAAUUUGCUAUGAUGGACCGGGAGCUAAAUCAUUAUGUAAAGGCUGUUCAGUCUACAAUAAAUCAUGUAAAAGAAGAACGUCCAGAAAAUAUACCAGAUCUAAAAUUAUUAGUGGAGAAGAAAUUUUUGGCUCUACAGAAUAAGAAUUCUGAUGCAGACUUUCAAAAUAAUGAAAAAUUUGUCCAGUUCAAACAACAGCUGAAAGAACUAAAGAAGCAAUAUGGUCUUCAGGCAGACAGAGAGGCUGAUGGCACAGAAGGACUUGACGAAGACAUGAUUGUGACCCAGAGUCAAACCAACUUCAUCUGCCCCAUUACACAGUUGGAAAUGAAGAAGCCAGUGAAAAAUAAAGUGUGUGGCCACACCUACGAAGAGGAAGCCAUUGUUCGAAUGAUUGAGUCCAAGCACAGACGGAAGAAAAAGGCCUGUUGCCCUAAAAUUGGCUGCAGCCACACGGAUGUGAGAAUGUGUGACCUCAUCCAGGACGAAGCACUCAGAAGGGCGAUCGAGAGCCACAACAAGAAGAGACAGCGCCAGUCCGAGUAGGAAAGCCACCUGCCCAGGGAGUCCGCAGCCUACCUCCUGCCCCAGCCACCUGUGAGGCAUGCUCGUCCGGCACUGGGACUGCAGCUACGCUUUCGGGGUGAAACUUGAAGGUUUUAAGUGUAACUGAAAGCAUUUUCUAUGUUACAAUAACAAGUCAUGGGAAUUAUAUUGUUUAUUUUUAAGUAUUUUAUAAUUUAAAUAAAACUUUGAUUAUCUACA